AUGUUGUCUGCGUACGCCAGGUUUAUAGUGCGAUACUCUUAUUUCAUUAUUUUUGGAGUCGCCUCAGUUUCAACCGUUCUUACAAUUAUACCCCUGGUUUGCCGUGAUCUACCUUCGUUUUCUGACCCCAUUAUUGGUUUUGAGACGCGUGGAACGGGAUUAGCAAAUCGGUUCAUAGCUUGGGAAAAUCUUAUUGAUGAAACAAGACCAUCUCGAAAACUUGCAGUAAAUCCUAAAGAAAUAGAAGACCAAAUACGAAUGAAUCUUACUUUUAGUAAAGUGUUAAAAGUUAAAGGAAAAUAUAAAUUAAGCCAUGGUCAUAAGAAAGGUCGUAAAAAUAAGAAUAAGCUCAAUAAUAACACUGCCUUUGCCAAGACCUCAUAUAAAUCUGAAACAAAUAUUUCUGUAAACCAUGUUCAUUGGAGUUUUGGGAAAAAUAUUUCAUAUGAGGAUGAAGACACAGCAUUUCUUAGAAAUCAUACAUGGAAGCAAUGGAAAUCUUUAAAAGAGAUGGAAUUUACACCUAAAGAUUACAGACACCAUAAUUAUGCGUCUGGCAUUUGUGGAGCACCAGUAGUUGAUUAUGCCCAUUUAGUUGUUAAAACCAUAGAUGGUUCAUCAUUAUUGACCUUUGAAAAUGUACAAAAUGUUUGCAAAUUACAAAGUAAGUUAGUCCAACUGGGAGGGAAGGUUUAUUUUGAUCUUUGCCAGAGAUCAAUACAAUCUGAAGAUUUAUGUUGCCCUAUGUGGAGUAUUCCAAAUUACAUUGCCUUAAUUUCUGGUAAAAGCACUUGUGAAAAUAUAACUAAACAAGAUGUUGACACUACCAUAGAUAUUAUUAGGAAAUGUGCAGGUUACUUUCAUAACUUUACUUUAAUGGCUUCAUGCAAAAUGAAUAUUUGUAGAGUACCAAAAUAUUGCACUCAAUAUGAUGCAGUGUACAAUUUAUUAUUUUAUCUUGUAGAUUUUGAUGCAUUCGCACCUCAAAAUAUUUCAAAUUCUUUUGUUAAAAAUAGUAUGCUUUUUCUACCUUUGCCAACAAGCAGUACAAUAUUGCCAUAUUAUGAACUUCUUCAGAGUUCAAAUUUAUCAUGUGAUGGUCUCAUUAUACCUGCUAUGGAUUUUGGACUAAGAAAUGCCCUAUUUGAUCUCUGGCUUAUUCAAGAUGCUUGGUUAAUAGCUUUAGGUGGCUUCUUUGUUCUUAUUGGUGUUUGGAUCUACACAAAGUCAUUAUUACUAACAGUAUUGUUAUUCAUUGCCAUUGGAUAUUCUCUUGGUAUUGCUUAUUUUUUGUAUGUUUAUAUAUUUUCCUUAGAUUUUUUUCCAUUUAUGAAUUUAUUAGUUAUAGUAGUUGUGAUAGGAAUUGGAGCUGAUGAUGCAUUUAUUUAUGUAAAAGUUUGGACAAUGGUUAGUAAAAGACUCAUUAAGGAUAAUAUAAUAAUUCAAGAAAAUGGUCUGAGCGAUAUUAAAAAUGUUUCAAGUGCUGGUGAAACAAUACUAGUACAAAUUCUUGAAGAAACUCUUAAACAUACAGUUAUUGCAAUUUUUAUAACAACUUUAACAACAGCUGUUGCAUUUUUUGCCUCAUAUGUGAGUUACAUACCAGCAAUAAAUUGUUUUAGUGUUUUUGCGGGUACCACAGUACUAGUAAAUUUCUUUCUAAUGAUGACUUGGCUGCCAGCUUCAGUUUUUAUAUUAGAUGUUAAAAUGUGUAUAUCUAGUUGUUUAUUUUUAGGUGCAUUUAAUAAGGCAUUAAAUAGCAUUGGAGAAGAUAUGAAAGUUAUGUUGAAUAGGUUUAUCACAACUUGUAUUAUGAGAUUAUAUGUAGGAUUGGCACUUAUUCUUGGGGCUGUAGGAGUUUGCAGUAUUGUUGUUGUAUUUUAUUAUCCAGGACUUCAACUUCCAGAUACAAAAACAUUUCAACUUUUCCAAUCUUCACACCCAUUUGAAAUGUAUGACUUUGAGUAUAGUGAUAGAUUUAUUUUCGAAAAUUUUGGUAGAGAUGUAGGUAGUGGGAUGAAAAUGCCACUACGAUGGAUUUGGGGUAUAGAAGCAAUAGACAAUGGAAAUCAUAUGGAUCCUGCCUCGAAGGGAAAGUUAAUUUUUGACGAGAGUUUUAGUAUAUCAAACCCCCAAUCUCAAGUGUGGCUAUCUCAAUUUUGCAGAAACUUAAAGACCCAGCCCUUUUACCAACCCACUCCUGGCCCUUUAUUACCAAAUUGCUUUAUUGAAAGCUUUAAGAUGUAUAUGAGUAGACGUUGUAUCGAUGUUAUUGAUAAAAUGAAUCGGACCCCUUGUUGUGAAUCGUCGCCAUUUCCUUACACAAAAGAUGUAUUUGAUUACUGUAUUAUUAAAGCUAUGGAGUCUCUAUAUCAAACUCCACGUGAAAUUUUUAUACCCGGUGUUGCCGGACCUAAAUUUCUUAGAAGUGCCAAUCCCCCUGUGGUUGCCGCUUUUGUUGUUGAAUUUGAAAGUGUCGUACCAUAUUCAAUGUCGUAUACCGACAUGCAUAAUUUUUACGAGCAAGUAGAAAAUUGGACGCAAUAUGAAUUAAUAUCUGCACCACCGGGUAUGAAAAAUGGUUGGUUUGUUUCGGAUCUACAGUUUUAUGAUUUACAGAAGACGCUGGCCAGUGGCACUAUUAUGGCGUUAAUGCUGUCGGCCGCUUUGGGGUUCAUAGUCUUAAUACCGUCUACUUUUAGUUUUGUUGUUAGUAUAUGUGCCCUUGCGGCAAUGAUUUUUUCAUCCACAGUAACUAUAGCAAUUUUAGUACUUAGUGGUUGGAAAUUGAAUAUUCUGGAAAGUGUUUCAAUAUCGACCUCGGCUGGGUUAGCCGUUGAUUUCAGUUUACAUUAUGCUCUGAGUUAUACUAACACAAGUGGUACUAAAUCUGCAAGGGUUAAAAAUGCAUUAUGCACUUCGUCAGGUCCAACAGCUGCAGCCGCUUUUACAACUGGCCUUGCUGGUAUAUUUCUAUUACGCUCAAAUCUUCUACCAUACUCUCAAAUUGGGAUGUUUCUAGCUUUAAUAAUGUCUGUCAGUUGGAUUUAUGCAACAUUCUUCCUUUGCUCGCUCCUCCAAGUGUUUGGGCGAGGGUCUUCCAAAGAAGCUGUUGCCGAUGAGAAAAAUUCCGUAUCUAGGGUCAGUUCCGUUUGUUCGGGAGUUCCUAAUUUAGAAAGCCAUGAAUUGGAGCAUCUAGCAGAUAGUAAUCGAACAAAUAUUACACACUCCCACAGUCCAUCAAAUAUUAGUGCGACCACAGUGGUUUUACACGAAGAUUAUGAUAAUAAGGCAGGGAAAAUAACAGUUAAUUUACUAAAUGACUGA